CCGAGGGAGGGGAGAUGCAGCAGACCCUGUGAUGUAAACAGGACUGGGCACUGCAGGAACAGGAGGAAUUGCCAAAUUCAAGUGUUGGAUGAGGUCCCACGUGGGCUGGCAGCUUCAGGGCAUGGGAGGUCAUUGCCCAGAGGAGGGGAGAGGGAAGCUCUGUGGGGUGGUCCCCAGACAGACUCUCAGCUCUGCUCUCCAGGCCAUCCAGCCCCUCUGGACUGUGCCCUGCUUGCUCAAACAAGCUGGAAGUGCUGGGCAAGCCCAGUCCAGCCAUGAGCUGAUGAGGAGAUCAGAGGAGUAGGGAGCAGACUGAAGACCUUCCAAACCAUCCCAAACCUACUUUUCUGGAGCCAACCUGCAGGCUGAGCAGCAGUGAAUCCUGUCUCCCCUCCAGUUGAUUGACUGUGGAUAUGUUGGCAUCCAGGAUGGAGAGAGUAGAGAGUGAGACCCUGGUGGAGGAGGUGGAGGACAUGAGUGGAAUAGCUGACGUGACCCUGGACCCAGACACUGCCAACCCCUUCCUCAUCCUGGCCAGUGACCAGCGAGGGGUGGGACGGGGGGACGAGUGGACCUUGCUGCCCGACAACCCCGAGCGGUUCGACACGGAGCCAUGUGUGCUGGGCAGCCACGGCUUUGCUGCGGGGAGACACUGCUGGGAGGUGGAGGUGGCCGAGGCAGGGGAGUGGUGGGCUGUGGGAGUGGCCCAGGAGUCUGUCAGGAGGAAGGGGGUGCUCAACUUCACGCCCCAGGAGGGCAUCUGGGCUGUGGGGCAGUGGUUUGGACAGUACCAUGCUUUCACUGAUCCUGACUGGACCCCCCUGCACCUUACCUGCCUCCCCAGGGCCAUCCAGGUCUGCCUGGACUUCAGAGACCAGCAGGUAACUUUUGCUGAUGCUGAGAAUGAAGCCCCGAUCUUUGCUUUCUGCCUGGCCUCGUGUCCUGGGGAGAGGCUGCACCUGUGGCUCUGGGUGGGGAUGGGCUCGUGGCUCAAGCUGUGCCCCUGACAGGGAGGGAAAUCGGGGGGCAGGGGAGAGACUGGAAAGGCAAACAUCGUGGUUCUUGGUGCUGGGAACUGGGAGGGUCCCGCUUCCUGCUGGCUUCUCUGGCCACCAAGGGGUGGACUGGCAGGUCAUGGAGGUGGAUGCCACCACAGAGCCUCCUUCAUCCCCCCACCCCUCAGCUGGGACUGCAGGGACAAUGGGAAGCACAGAGACUCAGUGCAGGGAGGAGCUUGGUGCCUGGUGGUCCCAUGGCAGGGACCACCACUGAGUGCCAAGGCACUGCAGAACUGCUCUGUACAAGGCCAUGGAAAAUAUAGCAGGGCCCUGCUCCUCCAAGGGUGCUGGAGUAGUGCCUCUGGCUUUUUUCAAUUAAGUUAAAAAACCCCAAACAUACCUGGAUACUCAUGAUAACACUUAUCUUGCCCACACAUCCAGAGCCUCUCCUUGCCUGACACGUUUCUUGCAGCAGAGCACUGCUAGCAGCUCUAGGGGCGGCCCAGGAAGGAAAGCAUGAAACUGAGCAUGAAAUCCACAGGAGAGGCAAUUCCCACAUAUCUGCCAUUCUCUAAUCUCACCCCAUCGAAGUCCCACCUCACAGGAUCCUGCUAAAUCCUGUGCUUAGGAGAGGAGAAGGGGGAUGUAGGUGAAGGGGAACAUUGCCUGGGUCCAGUCUAGAUUUCUUCUCCAAACAUUUUUCUGGUUGGACCCUCUUCAGUGCCACCUCAGUUGUCAUCGUUGUGGUGGCACCUGGACUCACGCCAACAGUAUUGGUCUCCCUGCUCUACUCCAGGAGCUGCAAAGAGAUGCAGCGCGGGGUCAGGCCCAGGUAUCUGCCCCCAGAGCCCUGCCCUAAGCCUCUUCCACUGUGGUGGCACUAAGACUGGGGAUACCCAGGGAUCUCUGCUCCCAGUGAGGCACUUCCUAAUCUCCAUGGGCAGGAGCCUCUGAGACUGUCCUGGUUUUGGCUGGGAUAGCUUUACUCUCAGUAGCCGGCACAGUGCUGGGUUUGGGAUUUAGGGUGAGAAUAAUAUUGAUAGCAACAACCAAACCAUCAGUCAUGUGGUGUUCCCCAAGUCAAGGACUUUUCAGUCUCAGGCUGUGCCAGCGAGGAUCUGCACAAAAAGCUGGGGGGGAGCACAGCCAGGACAGCUGACCCAAAGUGGCCAGAGGGAUAUUCCAUGCCACAGAACAUCCUGCCCGGUGUGUAAGCUGGGGGAGCUGCCUGGGAGGGGCCGACUGCUGCUGAGAGACAGGCUGGGCACAGAUCAGUGGGUGCUGAGCAGCUGGGUAUUGGGCAUCACUUGUUCCACUUGGAUUUUAUAUUUUUUUUCAUUAAAAUUAUUACUAUCAUUGGUAUUAUUACAUAUUACUUUGUUUCAAUUAUUAAACUGUUUUUAUCUCAAAUAAAAAGGUUUUUUUUUUCUUUUUUUCCCCUAUCCCCCUUGGAGGGGGGUAUGUGACUGAGUGGCUGUGCAGUGUUAAUUUGUCAGCUGGGGUUACACCAUGACAGAGGUUCACAGCAGAAUGUUGGUGGAUGGAGAUGGCAGAAGAUUUGUUAGUUCUGUAUUUUUGUCCUUUGUCAUGCAAAACACCCCAAAAGAGUUGUGCUGUGCAUUUAGGGACACCUACCUCAAUCAAGAAGAAGGAAUUCCCUUCUGAAAGCCAGCUCAGUUCCUUAGACUGGAGGAAAGUUGGGUUUUUCAACAGAUUGGAGUCCAGGAACCUCUUCACUGCAAUUUCGUGGUUUGGAGGGGGUAAAUUUUGUGCUUUGGUUUCCUUUUUGAUGUGCCCCCCAAAAAUUAAAUUAAAAAAACCCCAGCUCUUUGGGAGCUGAGUUGCAUAAUUGCAGCAUUUGUGUGAGAAAUACACAAUUUCAUGUAGAAUUGCACUACAAAGACUCAGGGGAGUUUAAAUUCAGCUAUCAUGUGCUAGAGGUCUCUGAAUGCCGGUGCUACAAUGUGUAGAAGGCUUAAGGAACGCCGUGGUCCUUGAGCAAGGCUGGACCCUCAUGGGCUCUGAGUGGUUUUGGGGAGACAACUGCGGCCGGGAGGUUUGUCCCAUGCCAAGCAUGGGCACAGACAGCACAUCAUGGCAGUGGCCUGCUGCCUCCUCAGCCGGUGCCUGGACACAGAGGCCACAGGGCAACUCCCAAGCUCCCAAAGCCCUCAGUCCAGAGCAGGGUGUGAUCAGGCCCCUGGGACCCUCCUGUUCCCAAGGAAAAAGGCUGCAGUGAUGGGCAGUGGAGGCACCUCAACGAACAUGCUCUCCUGAGCCCUGGUCUGUCAGACGUGCUCCAAACCAAAGCCUGCCUGGAUUUGGCACGUCAGCCAAGCAGCUGUGACUGAACGCCCUUCCCAUUAAACUGUGUUUCUUUUUCCCCCCUGAGCCCUUUCUCUGGGACUUCUGUUCCUUUUAUGCUGCUCUUGCUGUUGCAGAUGCCACUUUUUCUCUCCCCCCACCCUGUCAGAUUGCUGUGUGGCAUCACAGUUUUGUUUUAAAGGACUGGCUGAGCCAACCAUGGCACUCUAUUUUUCUAAACGUUUUUUUUCUUUUAAUAUGAACAAGCCCAGAAAACCCUUGAUUUGACAGCUUGGCCAGGAAACUCAUCCAAGGUCUUGUUUGCUAAAGCCUUGUCCAGCACCUCAGAAAUGCAUCCAACAUUGGUGUUGCAGUGCUUUGAGGGGCACUUUAAACGGGCAGUUUCACAAUUUCCAACCCUCCGCUCCAAGAGUGGCCAGAUUUGCAACACAGGGAUUUGCCCCAGGGCCAGGGGCCAAGGCUGCAGGGGAUGUUGGGGCUCCUCACUGCCCCACAGAACGGGGACUGAUGGCUGUCCAAGUCCUUGCCCAAGAGGUUCCAGGCCCAGCUCUGGGCAGGCAUCCUGCCCACAC